AUGAAUAAAAUACUUUUCAACCUGAUGGACUCUACAAUGUAUCUUAUAAGAUAUGGCUGUUUGGUGCAUUGUACUUUUGAAUAUGUUGUCGAUUUUGUAGUGUGCUCAGGCCCUUCCAUGGAACCUGCAAUACACACCGAUGAUAUACUUCUGACUGAACACAUCUCACCUCUAAAAAGGGAAAUCAACAAAGGUGACAUCGUUAUUGCCAAAUGUCCUACAGAUCCAAAUCGACAAAUAUGUAAAAGGGUGGUAGGACUACCAGGAGAUAAGAUUAGAACUGGGUUUGCUUCCUUCCUAGUGGUCCCAUUAGGUCAUGUAUGGUUAGAAGGAGAUAACAAAAAUAAUUCCAUGGACAGUAGGUCCCAUGGACCAGUUCCACAAGGCCUUAUAAGGAGUAGAGCAGUUUGUAAAGUUUGGCCUUUCAGAGAUAUUUCCUUUUUUAGAAAAAAUGAAUAG